AUGUCGGGCUCUCUAACCACCGUUUCUUUUGCUCACCGAGAUCAUUCGAAUGAUACUCAUGCCAUGAAAAGCGAACAAGUCAAGUCUACCGACGUUGAGGAUACUCACGACAAAGACUACGAUUGGGAACACCACCCUGCCAACCCCAGGAAUUGGUCUCCCGCAAAAAAAAUGGACAACGACUACCCUGGUCAGUUUUUCCAUCCACAAGUCGCACUGUACACGUUUGUUACGCCGUUAGCAAGUUCUAUUAUGGCACCCGGUUUACUCGAUAUCGCCAUCAAAUUUGAUAUAACCAAUCCAACAGUCAUAGCGUUGACUCUGAGUAUCUUCCUUCUGUCAUUUGCCAUCGGCCCUUUAUUUGCAGCACCCUUGUCUGAAGUGUAUGGCCGUGUAUGGGUGCUCCACCUAGGAAACCUCUUCUUUUUCUUCUUUAAUCUUGGCUGUGCCUUGUCAACCAACACUGUAUCCUUCAUUGUUUUCCGCUUUCUAGCUGGAUUAGCAGGCAGUCCACCCAUAGCAUGCGGCGGAGGCGUCGUGAGCGACCUCUUUGCCGAACGUGAUCGAGCAUCAGCUGUUGCACUGUACAGCAUCGGACCCUUGAUAGGCCCUGCUGUCGGUCCCGUUAUGGGGGGUUUCAUCCCAGAAUUAAUUGGUGUACAAUAUGUCUUCUAUGUCGUUAUCGCCAUGUCCGGCAUUGCCGCGAUGAUCGGCAUUCCUCUCUUGAGAGAAACCUAUGCACCACUUAUCAGGCUUCGUCUGGAUAACGUGGCUCUGGAUCCCGAAAAGACAACCGUGGGACAUCCUACCCUCCAAGGCGAGAUGAGCAAAUGGGCCUACUUAUGGCUCAACCUCAAGCGACCGGUCAUACUGUUGACCAGGAGUUUUAUAUGUUUUAUCCUGAGCUUGUAUAUGGCUCUGUUAUACGGUAUCUACUACUUGAUGUUUUCUACUUUCCCCGACCUCUUUUCGAAGGUGUACCACUUCAGCACUGGAAUUGGAGGCCUGACGUACCUCGGAACAGGCGUCAGAUUUCUAGCCGCCACUUUGUUUGGCGCCAGGGUUUCAGGAAAGAUAUACAUAUACCUCGCUGCCAAAAAUGGAGGGCAGGGUAAACCCGAGAUGCGCAUACCUGCUCUGAUAUUCGGCUCGUUGUUUGUCCCAGUGGGACUAUUUUGGUAUGGCUGGUCUGCCCAAGCCGAGGCCCAAUUCAUGAUGCCCAUCAUUGGUACCGCUAUCUUUGGAUUCGGGUUGAUGACAAGUUUCCUCACUAUCCAACUUUAUCUCGUGGAUACGUUCACCUAUGCUGCAAGCGCUACUGCAGCCGCAUCUACGUUCCGUUCACUUCUUGGUUUCGCAUUCCCUUUGUUUGGAGAACAGAUGUUUGCGGCACUCGGCUAUGGUGGAGGCAAUUCCCUGCUUGCAGGCAUUGCCAUAGUCAUUGGCAUACCCUUUCCAGUGUGGAUAUACUUCGCCGGCGAACGUAUGCGCACGAAUAGUCCUUUGGCCCGCUGAUUUUUCCCUUCUUCUCACCAUUG